AGCACGGAGGACAAAUCCCCCCGGCAGAGCCUGGUGGGAGAGGCCGUUUUGAAGGGCUCCCCGGCGCAGGAAGGCAGCGGGGAGGAAAAGGCCCGGAGAUGCCCCCGGAGGAGGGGCUGCAAAGCCAGCCCAGGGAGCUGUGAGGAGGAAAGAGCCGUCCUGUGCCGGGAAGGUGGCCGGAGCUGGAGCCGGAGCUCCGAGCUGGUGGUCCCUGAGCAGCCUCCCAGCAGGGAGAAGCCCUUCAGGUGCUGGGAAUGUGGGAAGAGCUUCAGGAAGAGCUCCCACCUCCUCAGCCACCAGCUCAUCCACACUGGGGCACGGCCCUACACGUGUAGGGAAUGUGGGAAGAGCUUCAGUGACAGCUCCACCCUGAUCCAACACCGGCGCAUUCACACUGGGGAGAGGCCCUACACGUGUGUGGAAUGUGGGAAGAGCUUCAGGCAGAGCUCCCACCUCCACAUCCACCAGCGCAUCCACACUGGGGAACAACCCUUCAAGUGUGGGGAAUGUGGGAUGAGCUUCAGGGACAGCUCCUACCUCCGUACCCACCAGCUCAUCCACAGUGGGGAACGGCCCUACAAGUGUGGGGAGUGUGGGAAGAGCUUCAGCCGGAGCUCCCACUUGACCAGACACCAACGGACCCACCAGUAG